CAGGUACCGAUACCGUUGGUUGCAUGACUUCAACAUUGAGUACAUUUGAGAGUGGAAAAACAAAAUCGUGCGAAAUUACUGAUUUACAUUGACGAUUUUAAACAUGAGUAACCAAAGCGAAUCAGAUACCAUGCGUCAGCUGGGUAACAAAUACUACAAAACUGUUACUAAUGACAUGAGUCCUCUGCUACAAAAAGGACGACUAGAACAAGCACGGCACCACUACACAGACGCCUUGGGAUGUAGCUCUAGCCCAAAAGAAGCAGCAUCUGCCAACAAAAACAUAGCAAUGACAUCAUGGAAGCUUGCAAAACUAGAAGUCAAUCAGAAAACACGAAGUGGUUUAGCGUUGCACUUGUACAAAGAGGCACUCAAGGGUUUCUCAGAAGCCUGGGAACGCGGUCAAGAUGCUGAAAAUGGCCACCCGUGGUCUGAUAAUGUAGUUCAGAAAAUGCACCAGUGUUUACAGGAGAGUCUUGACUUUGUUACGAACCAGCCAAAUAUGUGGGACGAGAAAAAAAAGCUGUUGGCAAUGGCAUGCCAAUUUGUUCCAACAAGUGCUUCCAAGGCUGAGUUGUCCAUCUUGUACGUAGAGUGUCUGCUUUCGAAAGCAAUCAACCUUCUACAGGAAGGCGUGUUUGGUAAAUCUAAGAGCUUUUUAUAUGAUUGCUAUCAACCUUUAGAGGAAGCUAGACGCUAUGCUGGAAGUGACAAAGAUAUGAUGUCGGAGGUCCGAACCCUUCAUGAGGAUGUUGUGAUGCAGACAUCUGUAGUUGAGGCAAGACAAGCGUUAGACACCGCAGACGACCUCAAGGAAAAGAUUCUGAAGACAGAGGAAGAGUUGAGCAUAGACAUGGUCUGGGAAGUUCUUGACUGGUACAAGAAAGCAAUCCUCCAGACAAGAGAAAAAGACAUUGAGCUGGAGGCCAUCGCUAUGAGCCGGAUAGGUGUGAUUUACGACAGCAUACUAAAGUUGAGGUCCAAAGCCAGACCAUAUUUUAAAGGGGCAAUAACCCUGGCGCAUAGUCUCCAUCCUCGUGUUCUCACCCAGGAGAUAUGGUACCAAGUCUGUGCACAGACGCUUGAAUCUUACCAGAUGAAGACAGUUGCCGAAGAAACUCGUGCAUGGAUGAAGGAAAGAGAAGAGGCUCUGAAAAAAUUGAAACCAAAAAUCAAAAAAUUUCAGGGCAUCGAAAAUAAUUACGAAUGUCUGAAGUACAUCUACAAAAAUCAUCCACCAAAGAAGGAGCACCACAAGUUGCCAGAUGAUUUACCCGAGCCAUCAGAGAUCAAAGGCUCUCAGGUGAAGAAGUGUCUGCAGAAAGCCAUUUUACACUACCAUCCAGAUCACAACUCGAAGGAGGAGUUUGGUAAGGAAUGGCACGUCCUAUGCGAAGAGAUCACCAAGGUGUUUACACACAAGUACAACUGCAUAAAAGGGGUUGAUGUGUGAACGAAUAAGCAAGCAUAUAGUUUUUAACUAUUAAAUGUACUUUUAAAUCUAUCUACUUAAAGCAUUUUUUAUGAUUUUGUUUAAUUAUGACUUUUUUUAUACUGCAUAUCAGUCUUAGAAUUAAAGAGAUCAUCAAGGUGCUUACUUUCAAGUGUACUUGCAUGAAAGGAGUGAAUGAAAAUGAAGGGAGUGAAUGUCAAUAACCAAGAGCUGUUUCAAUCAAUCGCGACCAAAUAUAUAUAUUUUGUAGAUGUACUUCAGACAUUCGUAAUUAUUUUCGAUGCCCUGAAUAUUGAUAUUGUCUAUAUAUAUAUAUAUAUAUAUAUUUAUUUA